CUCGAAAUUUGUAUAUUAUGAACUUUAGUCGAAAAAUUAUUUUGUAAAAAUAACAAAUAAAAUGAUGAACUUAAAUAUCUUAAAAAGAUAAAGGAAGCCAAUAUAUACAAAAUCUGAGCACACACUCACACACAUCGUAAAAGAGAGAAAUAUUAGUACAAAAAAGUCCAAAAAGUACUAUAUUUUCCAUAUGUGCUCACAAUUACUAUCAAUGCUUUUUAAAGCUUUAAUUCUUCAAUUUCAUUAUUGAAAAGAUUAGUUGUUCGACGUCGUUUGACUCAACAUAUUGUGAACGGAAUUGUUGUGGUAUUUAAAAAAAAUAUUCUAAAAAAAACAGAUAUAAAGCAAAAAACAAAAUGAAAUGCUGCAGCCGUUCCACACUUGGAGUCAUUAUUGGCAUCCUUAACAUUUUGAUCUAUAUUUUCGUGUCCGUUGUAGUGCUUGGCUUGCUACAAAAUUUACAAGAACGUUUCGAUAAAACUGUCGAACAAAAGGAAAAGGCGGCCGAACUAGGAACAGUUUUAAUCAGCUCUCUAUUCGCCGCAUGCUUAGCUAUGAUCAUUGUAAGCGGUGUCCUAAUAAUGGGCAUUAUAAAGAGACGUCACAAAUUGAUAUUGCCUUGGUUAGUACUACAUGGUCUGGGUUUAGCGGUUGAUGGUGCUAGAGUUGUAUUAACUUUAAUACUUAGUCUGGUAAAUGGUAUUUCCCUAUCAGUAGUGCUUACUUCCUUUGUAUUCGGUGUAAUUGGUGUUUGUUUAGGUGCUUUAAUUUUCUGGACCAUUUACAGCUUAUGGAGGGAUAUACGUCGUAUGAAUGAUGAAAAAUCGGGCAAACUUAUUGCUGAUGUACAUUAUGGCUUCGAUCCAGCUAAUGCUCCACCACAGUACCAUUUUUUGCCUGCUUUACCACAAAAAUCUUAAGAAAUUUUUCGAAAUUUACUUAAAAAAUUUCAAUUACAAUUACAAGUAAUUGUAAUCGGUUAUUAGUCAGUUACAAAUAACAAGUAAUUGUAAUUAAUAAAACUACAAUUGCGAUUAAUUGUAAUUACUUAAUAACUCAUAACAAUUAAUUCUAAUUGGUUAUUGAUCAGUUACGCAUUACAAGUAAUUGUAAUU